CGCGGUUUAGUCGCGGAAAAGUCGGCGGCCGGCGCGAGAUCGUAGACGGCCAGACGACGGCGCUAGAGAAAAAAAACAGCGAAAAAUCGGACGCGGAAACAAAAGAAAACAAAACAAUUGCAGCCACUGAAUUGUGCCGGAUAUAUUGUGAAGUUUGAUAUUGAAAAUUUCAGUGAAGUUUUUUCGUGAAUCAAAAGUUUUUUACCAAUUUCGGUGUAACAUUUACAUAGAUGUAAAAUUUACAUGGUAGCUGGCGCAUUUCCAAAAGUCGCCCGUUAACGACCGAGGGCGAAAAUAGACGAACGCCGGCACCAAGUGGGCUAUGACACAACGCGAAGUGGUUUUGGAAGGUGGACUACCCUGGGGAUUUCGCAUGCAUGGCGGCGUCGACGCGAAAACACCGCUGAAAGUGUCGAGGGUUAAUCCUGGAAGCAAAGCGGCGCAGAGGGGAAUAAGAGAGGGGGACCUAAUUACAACGAUAAACAGCAGGAGUACCAAAAAUUUAACGAAUAGCGAGGCACACAAUUUACUGAAAAAUUCCGGGAACACCCUAAAAUUAGGAUUAAACGAAGAUCUCGACGGUUCUCCAAAAAGAAGAAACUAUAAGACAAUACGCCAAGAGACUCAUCAAGAAACCAUAAAAAGAUCAAGCAUAACUUAUUCAUUAAAUGAAACUAUCGAAACUGUAAACAAGAAAUUUUCAAGCAACGAAAUUGGGGCCUUUAAUAAUCAAUCUGCCGGAUUUUUGAACGGAAAAGGUAAGAAUAAUUAAAGUUAAUUUCAUUAU